UAAAAGGAAACGUCUAAAGAAUUUAUACGGUCAGACAUUUUUUAAAGAAUUGUUAUAUAUCCACUAAUUGCUUUUAUGCUCCUAUUAAACGAAAAUAAAGAAUUAAAUUAAUAGAUACGGAUAUGACGAUAAUUAUGUUAAGCGUUAAAAAAAUCAUUAUAACGUUAUCACAUUUUUCGACGCAGUAUCUAAUUUGCCAGGUAUUUCUUUCUCUUUUUUUCUAAUUUCUUUUUCUUUUUCUUUUUUUUAUCAUCUCACCUUACGAGCUAUGUAUUUAAAUUAAUGAAAGCCCAUAGAAAUUGUUUUAUAUUUUUACAAUAGUAAUCGUAGCUUAUCGGUUCUGUGCCACGCGUUGCCUGUGCCUUUAAGAUAAGAAAGCUGCGAAUAUUAUUUAAUCUCAUUAUUGAAUUUGAUUUAAUAAUCCUUAGAAUAAAUAUAAUAAUAAUAAUAAGAAUAAGAAUAAGAAUAAUAAGAAUAAUAAUAAUAAGAAUAAUAAAAAUAUUAAUAAAAGAAACAAAAAACAAAGAGAAAGAAAGAAAAGCAAUUUGUUAUCUAAGACAGAAUGGGCUUCCCUUAAUUAUUAUUUUCAAGUUCUUACCGUUGAAAUGCUGCCAAGAUGCGACAAAAAGGGAAAUGCUUGAAACGAAUGGAAGGGGGUGGGAAGAUUAGAAAGAGGAGAUAGAUAGGAUAGACUCGAUCGGAAAUAUAUAAAAAGUUAUCUAGCGAUGUAAGGUAACGUAUAAAUAAUUAAUUAGCCAGCGCCGGGAACGAAGGAAAGGUAGCGCUAACGAAGGUGAACACCUGCACGUCUGUAUUGUUAUCUGAUCACACAAAGCAUACAAAGAAAGAACGAAGAGAAAAAAAAACAGCAACAACAAACAAUAUUUAAUAUAAUUGACGAUUUCAUUAAUAUUGUACCGUACUAUUAUAAAUUACGUUGAAAACGAUGAAAAAAAAAGGGAGGAUUACGAUUAUCUAAAGACCUAUCCAAACUACCUUGUGACUUCCUUCCUUAUAAAAUUUUUAUAACAAUGUCAUGUUCUUUUUCAUCGGGAAAUGUCUUGCGAUUUUUUGGAAUAUUGUGAAGAAAGGAAAAAACGGAAAUUGCUAUAUUCUACAAGAAUAAGGAUUAUCUUGUACAUUUGACAUUGACCAGUACCGUUUAUCGAUUGGCACGAAACGGGGUGCCAUGUUUGCGAGGCGCCACACACGCGGUAGGCCUCUCUUUCAUUGCAGGCCAACGGUUCUCGUUGUCCAUUCGUGUAACCUAACGUUACAUCGGUGCAUCUCGUUUAGUCUCAUAAACGUCGAAGAUAAAUGAUUUUUUAAUCUCGCCGAUCUCGACGGUUUCAUCAUCGAAAAAAAUCCGAUCGAUACACCAUACUUAUCGGCAGUUCUCGACCCAAACGAAAACUGAGUGCUCUUGAAGCCCAUUCGAACAACGAACUUCUCUCUUAAUUCACAUAAUACGUUUAAAAAUAAUGUCACGAAAAAAGCAAUCGUCUUCGGACGAUCGUUCGAUGAAAAAAGAUCAAGAUGACUUGAGUGGUUCCGUGGUAGCCUCACUGGAGCGCGAAAAUUUAAACGAGGACGAUUCCGUUCCCGAGAUCGUUUUAUCGAACAAAGGUGGUCCAAAAUUGAUUCACAAUGGUUACAUGUACACGAUGCACAAAAAACAGCCACAACAUAUCCGUUGGAGAUGCGUCGGUAGAACGACCUAUUGCAGAGGAAGCCUCAUAACAACAGAAAAUUGUACGAAGCCGCGAAUAAGAAUGGAACAUAAUCAUAAACCGGAUUUCGCAGCUGCUCAAGUAGCAAGAAAACGUUAUCUGGCACUUGGGAAACCACGUGUAUUGAUGAUGUCGUCUGAAGAAAGAGGAAACAUUCAUCAACCAUUCGAUGGGACGGAAUCCGUCGCAAUCUUAUCUAGAAGAAGAACAGACGAAGUCGAUAAAUGUAAAAACCAUGACGAUCGUCAGCGAUGGGAGAAGCGUACAGCUAUACGAAAAAUUUUACAGUCCAACACACCUGCCUCGCAAUCUAACACGACCACCACUAAAACCAUCAGAAUAGCAGCUCAAUCGUUCGUGAGACCACAUAUUAGGAAUAUCGCGCCAGCACCAUCGCCACAACAACAACAACAGCAACGACAACCAAAGACUCUUGUAUUAAAAACUAUACCGUUAAAGGUGAAGCAGGUUGCGCCAACGACGAUCAAGAUGCCACCGAGACAAACUUCACAAAGCGUGCCACAAAAUAUUGUGCAUCAACAACCCACCGAGGUUUGUCUAAGGUGGAAUAGUUAUCACAGUAACAUGCAGAAUAGUUUCCCAUCCCUUCUGGAUUCGGAACAAUUCGUUGACGUAACCUUAGCUUGCGAAGGACGCUCUCUGAAAUGUCACAAAAUGAUAUUAUCCUCGUGUAGCGAUUAUCUGGCAGAUUUGUUGCGAGAAAAUCCUUGCCAGCAUCCUAUCAUUUUAAUGAAAGAUCUCAAAUUCUGGGAGGUUGAAGCACUGGUCAAAUUCAUGUAUCGCGGUGAAGUUAACGUUGCUCACGACAAAUUACCUCAAUUAUUAAAUGCGGCCGAAGCGUUACAGGUUAAAGGAUUAGCUGGUCCUAGUCCCUCCUCUCAGAACUCGAAACCACCGAUGCUUAUACCUCAAACAAAACCGUUAAUAUCUCAACCAGUAGUGCCACAUAUCGUACCAGAAACCAAAGAGAACAAGCCUUCCGCUUCUGGCGUUCCUACUCCUUCUAGUCCCAAACGCGCGCAGAAAAGACAACAAUCGGAACCUCCUGAGCCACGGCCAUUCACAAAAAUUCGCUUACAAAGACCUGCCACGCCAACGUCUCCACCUACGACAGUGAAAACUGAACCCUUGGAUAUACCUCUGAGUCCCACCGAAAUAUUCCCGGAAAGUAACGAGGAUAACUCCAAUCCUGUGAGUUUUGAAAAGCUUAUCAGUUUUCACGAGGAAGAUGAUCCAGGUGGUGAUGAUCUCAACGAUGAAAACAGAGAAAUUAAUUUCUGCGAGAUACCUGGUCCACCGGAUUUGAAUGAUUGCGAAGAUCAAAUGGAAUUUGUACCUACCGACUUUCUAGAACAAGAACAGGAUAUUGUUGAAGAAUCGGAACCAAGUUGUAAUAAGGAUAGUAAAGAUGACUUAAGCGAUCGUAGUUCUGUUGAUGCUGGGGAAGGUGAUGACGAGCGAGAUGGAGAAGAAGAAGACCUAUGUUCGAAGGAGGACAAGACAGAGUAAAACAAUUUUACCUGCUAUCGUUAAGAUACAACCGAAUGACAAUUCGAUCGAAAGCGAAAAAAUAAAUACGUUCGAACAGCGUCAUUGAUUUUCUGCGAAUAUUAUUGUUAAUAUUGUUAUAAAAUUUACAGUAAGUCGAUUAUAAUAUUUUUCAUCUUUUAAAUUGACAACAUACAAAUUCGUACAAAGAAAUUUUUCUAUGAUGACAUUAUAUGGAAAAAUAUAAACUUUUCUUUUUCUUUCUUUUUUUUUUUUUUUUCUUUUUAUUCUUUUUCUUUGACACAACAUUUUCGUUAUGUAUAUAUAUGAAGAAAAUUUAUGUCGAUCAUUUGCUCUGAAAAAAAAUAUAUAAGCGUGUUCUAUCAAUUAUCAUGAUAUUUUCAGAAUCGAAGUGCAUUAUAAUAAUAUCUAACGGAAAUGAUUAUUUAUUUAUUUUUUCUUUUUGUUAGACUUGUUUCAAAUCUUGUAAUCGGAAUUUAUGCGUUUUUUGUGUGAUCUAAGCGUAAUCUAGAUAUUUUAAGAAUUAGAAGGAUAUAAUGAUAUUCCACUUGCUUCCAAGUUACAUAUUAAAUCAUUGUCUCGUUAAUGAACGAUAAAUCAAAGCUAUCGAUAGCGAAAACCGUUUGACGACUUUAAACGAUACGCCAAAGAAUCGAGCGUGAUAAGAUGAAACAUUUUUUUUAAAUUAUAAAGCUUUCGCGCGAGCUAAAUCAUUAUACUUUUCUAUUAUCAUUUAUUUUCAUUGUUAGCCCUUAUCGGUCGUAUAUUACUUCUGACGUAACUUUGUAACUUUAUCAGUCAUAUUUAACGUGAAAGGUGACAAGACUGAACAAGUAAAAAUCUGAUUGCCAAAUGUACGCUUUUAUCCAAAAUACUUGCUUUUAGAUUUAAACACUUAUACUUUAAUAGGCAACACGUUCAAUAAUACUUCAGUGAUCAUUUCUUUAUAUAUGUUUGAAUACUUUAUAAUACCAUAUAAUAACAGUGAUAAUAUGUAAAAUUUAUAAAAAUUUCGUAGGUUUGAAUUCGAAGUAAUUUCGAAUAUCCGUGCAAUCUCUAUCUAGAUAAUAUUAAAGAUAAUCUUUUUAACGAUUUUUUCCUAUAGAAUUUCACUUUUCUUUUUUUAAAUUUUCAGAAGAUAGCGUUUUUUAGCAAAUUUUUUGAAUGCUGCAUUUCUGAAUCGAAAUCCAUAUAUUAAUAAUAAUUUAGAAACAAGUGUAGGUAAAAUUUAGGCAAAAAUAAUGUGUUUUCAAUACGAAACACCGAAUAAAUUUCGACACGUUAAGAACAAGUUAUAUACAAAACACUAACAUCCGAUAAGGGUAACGAAUAUUUUAUUUUUUAUAUUUAAUUACACAUAAUAUACAUAGAACAUUCUAUAUAAUUAUUUAUUUUUGAAGAUAAGUAUUUUCUUCUCUGUUUGAUGCACAUCGAUAAAAACGACAUGCUUGGCAUUCGAUGGAAAUGCAUUUAAAUAUUAUAUGAAUUCGUCGAAAAUUUAUGUAUCUUCUUUCGGCGUUAACAUUCUAUUUGAAAAAGAAUCGAUGCAUUUAUACAAAUUAGAAAUAAAUUAAGAAUGCAUCCGAUUAUGUGUGAGUAGAUUGAUCGCAUGUCUAAAAUAUUUUAUAUUAUACCUUCGUUUGAAUCUUAGAUUCUAGAUUGUUGUACACGUUUAUUUCACAUUUCAAAGAUCGUGCAUUACCUCUUAUUGUAAAAAUUCUAAUAAAUAAGCGAAGAAGAUUGUUUUCUUACUCGAAAAUAAUACAGUAUACGUGUUAAAGAGCGGUAUCGCGCAAAUAUUCAAUCGAUCGCACGAUGUCGAUUCUAUGAUUGGAAAGUAUAUGUACAUUGUAAUAUGUGAAAUACUAUGUCUUAUAAAUAAACAGCUAUUACAACGUAUGGCGAAAUAAAGAA